UUUAUAUAUAAUUCGUUUAUUGUCUCUUAUUUAUUCUCUAAGGGCUUUAAUGCAAACAAAAAAAAAAAUCUGGCAGGUUUGUUUACCCUUGUGGGUUUCAACGUAAACCACAAAUCCACGCCCACUCAUAAAUAUUCACUAACCAGCGUACUAACCGCCACUCCCAUCUCAUGAAUAUUUAGUAAGAGGCUUGGGCUGCGUUCGUUUUUUGACAGGUAGCCGUAAACGGAAGCGGAAAUUUCCGCUAGGAUCUAGAAAAGCCUCUCAUCUUCUCUCCCGUUAAUUCUCCCAAAAGGCCAUAAAGGUACCAUAGGGUAAAGCUCAUGGACUGAAGUGCUUGUCAGCGAUUUGAGAAACUCGGUCAACAGCCAUUCCUACAUCCUUUAUUUAGCAGGUCUAGGACAAAACCGCCAUCAUGACUCACUCAAUGCUACGACGACAACUGAAAAAUCUUGUUCAGAAUUUCUCUGAGGCAGAGGUCAAGGUUCGAGAAGCGACUUCUAAUGACCCCUGGGGGCCAUCGAGCUCCCAGAUGGCCGACAUCUCGGAUCUAACCUACAAUGUGGUGGCCUGUAACGAGAUUGUGAGCAUGCUCUGGAAGCGUCUCAAUGAUGACAAGAAUUGGAGGCACGUGUACAAGUCUUUAACUCUUCUUGAAUAUCUGUUGAAAACGGGGUCUGACCGCAUCCCUCAACAGAGUGUGGAGAACAUUCACAUUAUUAAGGCCCUAACAGAAUACCGCUUCACAGACAAGGAUGGAAAGGACCAGGGGGUGAAUGUGAGAGAAAAGGCUAAGAUAGUGUUGGUGCUGAUUGAGGAUGAGGAAAAGCGGAAAGAGGAGAGAGAUUUUGCUAUGAAGACAAAAGACAAGCUGACAAAGGCUCCCAAUGCAUCCUCCGCUACAGGACCAGAAAAAGAAAAGCCAGAGAUCCCGCCAUAUACAGGGCUGCCCUCCCUGGACAACAUCCCAUCAGUGGCUGACCUGACCGCCGCUAUGGCCAAGAAGAAGGAGGAGCAGAAACGUCUGGAGGCCGAGAGGAAAGAGGCAGAGAGACGGGCAAAGGAGGGUGACACAGAGCCAGAUCUUUGGGAAAAAGCAGCGACAGCAGCGCCUACGUCCAGCUCGGACCCCUGGGGAGCCCCAUCUGACGCAUCCAACGAAUCCGCCCCUGCUACCAACGACCCGUGGGGGGCACCGUCUGAUGAGGCGAAGGAAUCCAGUCAAACUACUGAUGAUCCUUGGGGUGGAUCCGCUGAUGGGACAAACGGAUCCGCACCUGCUGCCAGUGACCCAUGGGGCGACUCUGCUGGAUUUUCAGAGGAUAAAACCCCGUCAACAAACGAUCUUUGGGGGGCUCCAUCCGAAACGGCGAAAGACUCUGACGCAGGAACGUCAGAUCCUUGGGGGGCACCUGCAGAUAGUGUGCAGGAUUCAGCACCUGCAACCUCUGACCCCUGGGGGGCGCCAUUAGAAGCAUCAUCAGCUACGUCUGAUCCAUUUGGUGAUGGUUCAAAAGCAGAUAAUGACCCUUGGGGCACAGCAGCAUCUUCACCCCCUACUGCAAAUGACCCCUGGGGUGCUCCAACUGAUGCUGUGACAACUAAUGACCCUUUCGGUGAUGGAGGCAGAUCAGACCCUUGGGGUGGUUCCUCUGAGAACGGUGACACUGCUACAAAACCUGCUGAUGAGACCCAAAAGCCGGCGUCGUUCCUUGGAGAAGGUGCUUCAUUGGUGGACUUGGACUCUCUUAUGUCAGUCAAGCCCAAACCUAAACAGCCCCCUCUCAACGCCAUCCCCAUCCAAAAAGCCCCGGGAUUUUUGCCAGCCGCAGGCAUGACCUGGCCAUUGGGCAGCAACGUAUCCAAUGCAAGUGGUUCAACUGCACAGCCUUCAAACCCAAAUUAUUUUGGUUUUAACUCCAUGUCACCCUGUUCCAGUGGCCUGUCCCCCCUAAACACAGCCUUUGAGGUGCCUGUCGCCCAUAUGGCAUCUCCAACCCAGAAUACAAGCCUUUCAACUUUGACCGUGUCCAACAUGGGAUUUUCCAUGGCUAACCCUAGAAUGGUACAACCCAGCACUGCAGGCACUCUUAUUGGGGAGUUAUGUCCUAUGUCCCUCACAGGAACGGUUACCCAACAAGCUCCAGUUCUUCAGCGACCUCCAUUGGUUUGGGGCACUGGAACUGGGGCGGCUGGGAAAGGCAAUAGCAUUUUUUGAGUUCUCCAUUCAGCAUCCAUUGAUCCCUAGCCUUCUCCUUUCCCCAUCCACUUCAUCAAUCCUAGUUGAUUAUGUGUGUGUAUUAGUGUGUGCAAAUAUUUAAAUAUUAAUGAGCAACAAUAUACUGUAAUAUACGUUAUGUUUUGGGGGAAAAAGCAUGCAUACCCGGCCUUUCCAAUAUGAUGGACUGAGAAAUGGAAGCAGGUGAUGUUUUAGAAUCCAUAAGGGUGUCAUUCUCAAAGGUUUUAGGAAAGCUGUCAUAUCUACUGGAGCAGAUUUUGGAUAUACUCUGCUGUUUAAAAGAUUGGGGUCAGUAUAGUCUCAGCCUCAGACGUCACGCCC